AUGGCGGAACAGCAACAGCGUGACUCACUCUGUCCGCGGUUGAUCGACUACUUGGCAAUCGUCGGAGCACGGACCACGUUCGUGCCACGUUCUGGCAAUGGCAACACCGGUCCAGCGGCCGGUUCCUCCAGCCAAUCUUCGGUACAGCUGCCGGAACUAUUGCGCCGUUACCCACCGAUGGAUCACGACGACUUCCCGCUGCCCCUGGACAUGGUGUACUUCUGCCAGCCUGAGGGAUGCGUUAACGUUGGAUCUCGACGCACCGGAGCUGCUAUCCGGGACACGACGUCGUUUGUGUUCACUCUGACGGAUAAGGACUCUGGCAAGACGCGGUACGGCAUCUGCGUCAACUUCUACCGACCGAUCGAGAAGUCGCUGCCGCGGGUGAGCGUUGGAUGCGGUGCUACUUCGGGAAAACAACCGCCUAAUUCGUCCUUGCGGCGAGAGUCCUGGCGCAAGAGUAUGGAGAAAAGCUCGGACUCUGCGUUUUCCAGUGACUACCGGAGCAGCAACAUCGCACCAAGCGACUCUUCCGAUCGCGACUGCCCGAGUCGGCGAGAUUCCGAUCCUCCAAAUGCGAGCAGCAACUACGCUGCGACCCAUCAGUCCUUGCUGGGUGUGGUCGGACCUUCUGGAGACUCCGAGUCUGGCGGCAGUCAUUCGCCUUCGCCGCGGGCCUCUCGCAAACGGUCGAAGGUUCGCAACCACUCGCUGACCUCACUGUGUAUCCUGUCGCAUCAUCCGUUCCUGUCGAUCUUCCGUGAGUGUCUGUUCAUCCUGAAGCGCCUCAUCGACGCCUGCAACGAUUCGUGCAGCCCGAAGCGAAUCGGAACGUCCAGACCAUCGGUGCGGGAUAGUGUUUGGAACGUGCUGACCAACCAGGCGUCUGAGACGACCGCAUCUGCCAUCCUACACGAUGUGCAGGAGAUCGAGACCUGGAUCCUGCGGCUGUUGUCAGCUCCUGUGCCUGUACCAGGGUCGACACGCGUUGAAGUGGAUGUGCUGUCAUCGACGCUAUAUCAACCGCUAGUAUUCGCGUUGCCUGACCACACUCGCUUCACGCUGGUUGACUUCCCACUACACCUGCCACUGGAGCUGCUCGGUGUGGAGACAUGCCUGCGCGUGUUGACACUGAUCCUGCUCGAGCACAAGGUGAUCAUACAGUCGCGGGACUACAACGCGCUCUCGAUGUCGGUGAUGGCGUUUGUGCACCUGAUCUACCCGUUGGAGUACAUGUUUCCGGUUAUUCCUUUGCUACCGACGUGUAUGGGCAGUGCUGAGCAACUGCUGCUGGCACCCACGCCCUACAUCAUCGGGCUUCCGGCGACGUUCCUCAUGUACAAAAAGAACUUCCGACUACCGGAUGACAUCUGGCUCGUUGAUCUGGACUCGAACAAGCUGACGCCAGCAUCCGGCGAUAUGGAGAUCGUGCCGAUGCUGCCGGAACCGGAGGGAGGCAUUUUGAAGAAUCAUCUCAAGCAGGCACUGAGCUCUAUGACGACUGGGAACCAAGUGUCUUCGGCGCCAGCUCGCCAGCAAGCCGGUAAUGGUCGCGACAGCUUUAGCGGAUCGAAUGCCACCACCGGACUAGCGUUGCAGGCUCCUCAACCGUCCGGGUCACAUGGAGCAGGUCAUGGUGCUAGUGCCGGUGUGUCUCAAACCGGCCCACCAGGAUCGACAGUUGCCUCUCAGCAGCCUAGUCCAGUCGGUAUGCCACCUGCCUCGAAUCCGCUCAUCUUUGGAGCCGACGUCGAUUCGGUGGAUGUCGCAACUCGCGUAGCCAUGGUGCGGUUCUUCAACUCGCAGAACACGCUGGCGAACUUUACGGAACACACGCGCAUCUUGCGGCUGUACCCACGCCCGGUCGUUGCCUUCCAGAUUAACAGCUUCCUGAGGUCACGUCCUCGGACGUCCGCCCUGCUGAAUCGAUUCGCUCGUACCCAGGCAGUCGAGUGGCUGGCUGAGUGGUCACUGACGCCCUCAAACGUGGCAUUCCUGCGUGUCCAGACCGGUGUGCUCGACCCGGCUCAGGUCGGCGACAAACCGAAAUGGUACGCACAUACCCUCAACCCGAUCCGCUUCCAGGUGUGGGAUGAAGGCAGUACUCUAAGCGGUGCUCUGAAGCGCAUGCUGCGUCUCGAGAGUCAACCGACGGACGAGAGUGGUUCUGACUCUGACGGUGCUGAUAGCACUAGCUCGUCAUACUCGUCGCUUAGCGACUUCGUAUCUGAGAUCGUGUCAUCAGACCUGUCACCGAGCCUGCACGAGGUGUAUGCGAGUCAGCAUCACCAUCAUCAUCACGUAGCACCGAAGAACCUAUCGUCAAAUCUGGAUCCACAUCUCGUGUAUCGGCCACCGAGCUCACUGAGAUUCCCUGAAGGUAUGCAACCAAAGCCGCGUGAGCCUCCCGGUGGAGAUCCGCAGGACUCGGGUGGGUCGACCUCUUCCAGCCAGUCAGACCUCAGUUCGCCCAGCUUCAACCGCGAUUCUGAGUUUGAAUUCAAUCCGAAGACACGCAACGAGGUACAUCUGGUCGUGAAACCGGAGCGCGAACACGGCAGCUUUGAGAACGAAUCCGACUCCAACUCGACCACUACACCGAAGACGAUUGUUUCGAAGGACAGUGCAGGUUCACAUGAGGCGAUGGCAGGCGCAAAGCGUGCCGGCAAGCUGUGUAAGAUACCGCCACCUAUAUCACCCAACUUCGGGCGGCAGCAGAGUGGAGCUAACUUGCUAGCUCGCACGUCCAGCUCGGGUUCUACCGGCUCUGGAAGUCAUCCACCAUCGCUAGGGUCGGCGGGCUCCCAGCGUCAGAGCUCACAGGGCUCACUGUUCGAGGUGUUGACGACUCAGGCAAAGGAACUGGUGAGGGAGACGACCCGUCAGAGCAGCCAGGAUGGGCUGCUAGCACAGAUGGACAAGCUGACACUUCAGGCGAAAAAAGCCGCCGAAGAGGCGUCAAAGCAGGCGCUCGAGGCAUCCAAGCAGGCAGCCGGUGUCAGCAAGAACACCAUCGAGGAUCUAACGUACGUGGGUAAGUCCACCAUCGGGGAUCUCACCAAGUCCGCCAAGGAGGCAGCUGCCAAGAAAGGACUGCUACAGCAGGGAACGGGCUACGUAGGACCGCAGUCUCUCAGCUCUCCAACGGCGAAUACGGUGGCCACCACCAACCAGUCGCUGUUCUCCUCAAUCACAAGCGACUUUAACGGGAUCGCACAGUCCACGUCGUCUAUGUUCUCCGACCUGUUCGGUAGCAAGCCAAAGAACCAGCCCAGUAUGCUGCAACAACAACAGCAGAAGAUGAAAGAAAAGCUGUCUUUUGAUCCGUUCCCCGGACGAAAGGGUCUAGUCGAGCGCAAUCCGCUCAUCAAGCACUCAGGUCCGAAGCAGACCAAAGAAGAGAUCCAGCGAAUACAGAACGCAGAGCGUUCGUCCAGCAACUCCGAAAAUCAAACCUUCCUGAAGGACUUAGUUAAUCAGGUGCUGGCGGGCGAGGGCGUCGGAUGGCUGAAGUUAAACCGCCUAAAGAAGCUCAUGGAGGAUGAAUCGUACCGCAUGCUAGUGCUGGGGAAGCUGAAUAGGACACUGGAGCGUAAAAUCGGUCCUGAUGACCACAUCGACGAUGUGUGCAUAUCGAAAUCCGUGUAUAAGGGAACCCUCAAGUGUCUAGUAGCGAUCACGCACGGGUUGGAGCAUACGAUAGGCAACUUUGGUCUCGGUGGGAUGGCUUCCGUCUUCCAGAUGAUGGAGAUCGCACACACGCACUAUUGGAGUAAAGAUUUAACCGAAGGUGCAGGCUCCGACAUGUCUGCUAGCCUGCUUUCCAGCCAAAGCGUCAGUCCGAUGGGUAGUCGCGAGAAUCUGCGAUCGCCCCAAAGUCCUUCGGAGCUGUCGGACUGGAUGUUGGGAGGCUCACGGAAGAGCUCUAGUGCCACCAACGAUCACGUCGUCUUGUCGCGUCAUCCUUCAGAAAACGAGCACGAAAACCAGACCACGUCGGAGAUGUUUAAAGAUAUGCUGUCGCUUAAACGAAACAUGCUGUUCAACAAGCUGACGUCGUUCGAGUCAGAGAGCUCCGCGCUGAAGGACGCCAAAAAGAUGGCGGGCGGCAUCUUCUCCGGCAAAUCGUCGCUGAGUGCCGGCUUCCGGUAUACAGGUGGCAGCCUGAUCCCGUCGUCCGGAUCGCCCUCACCAGACGCGCCCCGGGUGUACCUUUUCGAGGGGUUGUUGGGUAAGGAUCGCUCCGGUAUCUGGGAUCAAAUGCAGUUCUGGGAGGACGCGUUCCUGGACGCCGUCAGCCAGGAGCGGGAUAUGAUCGGUAUGGAUCAGGGCCCGGGCGAGAUGAUGGAACGCUACAAGGCACUGUCGGAGUCGGAACGCAAGCGGCUAGAACACGACGAGGAUCGCCUGCUGUCGACCAUGUUGUACAACUUGACCGCGAUCCUGGUCAUGCUGAACGUGCACAAGCUCGAGAUAAAGAAGAAAGUGCGUCGACUGUUGGGCAAGAGUCACAUUGGCUUCAUCUACUCGCAGGAAGUGAACUUGCUGCUUGAUCAGAUCAACAACCUUCACGGCAACGACAUCGACUUGAAGCCACUUGGUUCACGAUUGCUACACAGGCAGAGUUUCACCGUGCACCAAGGUGUCGAUGCGAGUGGUUCUCUCAGGUUCAUCGAAGUAAGAGAUGACGGUUUGGUUCUACGUUCCGUCAAUGGCAGUAUCACCGAACGUUGGUGGUUUGAGCGGCUCGUCAACAUGACCUACUCCCCUAAGACCAAGGUGCUAUGUCUCUGGCAACGUAACGGCGGUCAGACGCAGCUGCACAAGUACUACACGCGUAAGUGCAAGGAGCUGUACAACUGCAUCAAGGAGUCAAUGGAGCGCAGCGGUUGCGCCGGCCAAGCGCCCGAGCUGGGAGGUGAGUUUCCGGUGCAGGACAUGACCACCGGCGAAGGCGGACUUCUGCAGGUGUGCCUCGAAGGUGUCGGGCUGUUGUUCGCAAACAGUAAGGACUUUGAGUUCUUCAUCCGGUUGAACCACAUACGGAAGUGCUUCACGCAGAAGGGCGGCGUGUUCAUUCUGGAAGAGUACAAUCCCAAGACGAGGCUGAUUGUGCAGCGAAAAUACAAAUCCGCCAUGGCCGACCAGAUCUGCUACGCCGUUCUGUGUGUCUUCUCGUACAUCGCCGCUGGGCAGGAGCAAACCAAGCAGCAACACGGUGCUCCGGCUGGGAAAGGAUCCACUGGCGGGCAAGGUGGGCAAGGUCCUACGGCACUAACUGUGCCGGGUAAGACAGCUCCACCACAGCAAUCCCAGUCUCCACAACAGCAGCAGCAGCAACAACAGCAGCAACAGCAACAGUAUCAGUCGCAGAAAGUCCACCAAACGCAUCUUCCACAGCAAACUUCACCUAAGCUAAAAACUGUCGUCGGGAAACCGAUCAGCCCGAAAGGAGCAGCUCAGCAACCCACAGGCACUCCUACUGCAGCUCAACAACAACCACAACAACAGCAGCAACAGCAGGAUCAACCACAGCAGCAGGUGUUGCGGAAGAACUCCAACACCUCACAACCGGAUCCCGCCAUUGUGAAGUCACCACCGACGAUUCCGGCCCGUCCAAGAACGGCAGCCUCCGCAUCGUCCAGUUCACCCUCCAGCAGCCCACCCUCAAUAAAGGCUCCGGUGUUGGCGUCCACCCGAGGUCCUCCACCAGCCAUUCCACCUCGCACGAGCCUGUCACAGCGGUCGGAUUCCGUCAGCUCUAACUCCGGUGGAAGUCAUCAGCAACCACUGCAGCGGCAGUACUCCGCCAUCGAGACGGCGUCGGCACGGCCAGCGACUACCAAACCGUUUCCGUUCCGGUCACUUCAGAAGCCCUCCUCCGACGCAGGUGGAUCUUCGUUUGAGAAGUAAUCUAUCGAUCUACUGUCGCUGACGUUCUGCUGCAGUCUGACCAGAACCUGACGAUCUGCGGUGUGGUGUACCUGGGGGUAUCAAAUACAACGAUAGGGAGCCUUUCCCGCGAGACAUGGUCCAUCGGGAUCACCUUACUUUUCGGUUGCAUUUCGCGGGUUUUCAGCGCGAGAACGCCGCUUUCGCGAUCGUAACAGACAGGUUGGGAGGUAUUGUUAAGAUAAGCUUUAAAUCAACGCAGCAUGAUGCUAUUAGCGAACGACCCUUGAAGCUGUUUCACCGUUCGAUGUGCUGUACAUCGCAGAUGGAAGGUGAAGGUGAUGUACAAGCCAUCGAGGGCUGUGGAAUAUACAUAUUCGCUGUACAAUAAGUUAUCAUUUUCAGCACAAAGGGCACAGUUUAGUUCCGUUUCGUGUUCUGAUUAGGCAGUCUGGAGUGUCGGAGAAGCUAGCAUGGCAACAGGGACUCCACACUUGCCCGCUAGAUGUAUAUACCACAGGAACCAAUAGGAUAGGCGAGUUCCCCAUGUUUGUCGCAGUGUUGUCUGAGCUGUUUGGUAAAGCUUUCACGAGUUCGUUUCGACCCUGGGCCUGGUUGCCCACCUCAGUAUUCUCGUACUGCGUCGUUUGGAGUCGUCCGUGCCUAGCGGUGGUCACAUCCUUGGAGGUGAAGACAGCCCCCGAUGUAGACACCGUGCACGGAUGCAGCUGUUGCUUGUUUUCAGUUAAAUGUGCGCUAGCAAUAGGUACCAUUUACGACGUUAAACGCUGGCCCCAAACCCAACCCGUAGGGAUAGAUAAAUGGCCCUCUCCAGAACGUUACCCCCGACUAGUGUAGAUCCGCCAGUGUGAUAGCAACAUGUACGCGUAGGCGAGCAAACACGAGAGCAAUAUAUCUUUGUUGAGCUAGGCGAAGAAAACGGAAUCCAAAAUAAAAGCAUUACAUUACAUGGUAA